AUGUCGAAACAAAUCAAAUGGUAUCGAAUGGAAAAUAUGUUGCACUGUAGAGUACUCCGUUUGAGGAAACAUGCAUAUCGAAGACCAAAAUGUUCAUAUAAAGAAAGUGAUUCAGAUACUGCUGAAUCGGAUUGUUCAGUCAUAUUUCAGAAAAAUGCUCAAUGGAAUGGCGAUCUAGCCCUGUUUAUUCUCAAGCAAUGUUUAUUAAGCAAAAUUCUCUUGUUUAUCACACAGUUAUUUUUUAAUUGGAUCCUUAAUGAUUUUCCAACAGAUGCUUUCAAAGGUAUUGUUAUCAAAGAAAAGUUGUCAUUCGUCGAUCAUUUGAUCCGUUUUGUAUUUUCUGGCUUAACGCGAUGGGAUUCUUUGCAUUUUCUUCAUAUUGCACAAUAUGGAUAUUCUUUCGAAAAUAUCUUGGCCUUUUUCCCACUUUUUCCUUUUCUCAUUUAUUAUUUUACUUUAUUGUGGAACUGGAUUAUACCUUUUAUUCAUUUUUCAACAGCACUUAUUAUUUCAGCUAUAUUCAUCAACUUCGUGCUUUUUUUGAUUUGUGGCCAACUUCUUUACGCAGUUUCACUAACUAUAACAAAAUCCAGUAAAACUGCUUUGCUGGCAUGUUUGGUGUUCACAAUCAAUCCGGCCAGUGUCUUUUUUGCGUCUGCUUAUUCAGAACCACUUUUUAUGGCUUUAACUCUUUCUGGCCUUUUAGUUCUAUAUGCUCAUCCAAAUAUGCCAUUUAUUCGUCAUAUUGGAGCCUCCAUUUUCUUCGCUUUUGCUUUUCUAACACGAUCAAAUGGAAUUUUUAAUUUUAUUUACAUACUGCAUCAGUUAUUUGUUGAAACCGUUUAUUCCUCAGAAAAACAUAAAUAUAUUUGGCAGUUGAAAUAUACCAUAAUUUUAUAUAAGGUAAUUAUUAUAAUUUUUGUUCACUUUCUGAUUGUUCGUUUCAUAAUUGUUGGUUCGUUUUGUUGGGUUAUAUUAGGAAGUCUGUUAAUUUCGCAUGAUGUCCAGAUGAAAAAGUUGUUUUGCGAAUCAAAUUUUGUCAAUAAAAGUGCUAUUCCGGUUGAAAUUUUGGAUUUUGCUGAGCAAAAAAAUUUUGUACUUCCUGGUGAAAUUAGUAAAAUAUCUUGGUGCAGGUUGGAGUUUUUUUAUGAAUAUUAUCCAUUUUGGAUUCCUCUACCAAGUUUUUAUGCUGCUGUUCAACAAAAAUAUUGGAAUGUGAAAUCGUUUGGUUACUGGAAACUGAAAAAAAUACCUUGUUUCUUAAUGGCUUUACCGGCGGUUUUGAUUGUUUUUUAUGGUUGUUACAGAGAAUUACGUCGUCUGGCACGAUAUAGCAGUUCUGUGGUUUAUGCUAUUCUGUACAUAUGUCGCGAUUCAAUUUCUUUGUUGCCGUUUUGUUGCCAUUCGUUUAUACUUGCAAUAUUAUCACUUAUUCUAUAUAAUGCUGAAGUUGCGACGAGAAUAUUAUUUUCGUCUUCUCCAUAUAUUUACUUAGUUUUGUCCCAAUAUAUGCAUCAAAGAACGCCAUUAGUAACCUUGGAAGAUGUGCAGUAUCCAACUUUGCUUCCUUUUUUUACGAAUUUUUGUCGAACUCAUAUAAUUCAUGCAUUGUUGCUUGGUUAUCUUCUUUGUUAUUUCUUUAUCGGUACCUUGUUACAUGUGAAUUGGCUUCCCUUUACGUGA